AGGAGCAAUUUUUGUAGCUGAUGUUUAUUGAUUCCAGUUUGUCGGUGGAUGGUUUUAACAACUUUGAUAUUGUGAUUUUAUUGUAGAUAAAAAAUAAUACGACUCUUAAUUAAUUAGCUAAACGUCAAAGCAGAAAAAUGAAGGUUUUAGUGAUCCUGAUAGGAGUCUUCUCAGCUGUCUCGGCGGCAGUCAUGAAGUGUAAUGGCGUUGAUGGCGUCACUGCCGAGGACUGCGAGGACGGAGUUGGCAAUUGUACAUCUCCAGUGUGGUCGGAGAACGGAGGUCUGAGUGCUCAAGCGUACGGGUGUGGAGAGUGCCCUGCUAACAGUACUGCGACAUGUGCCCAAUGCGUUGCCACAGCAGACAAAGGAUGUAACGUAGACGUAACUCCAGCGCCUAAUACCAAUAAGUGCAAGGAAAUGACUGAUGGCAGCCUCGCGGAUGUGGUGUGUCCUGGGGUUGGUACAGUUACUUAUUGUACAUCUCCAGUGUGGUCCGGUUACGGAGGUGCCGGUUACGGAGGUCUCUCUUUGAGUUCUCAAGCGUACGGAUGUGGAUCGUGCCCUGCUGACAGUACUGCGACAUGUGCACAAUGCGUUGCCACAGCAGAGGAAGGAUGUAACACACAAGUGGCACUACCAAGUGCGUGGACGGAAAAAUUUCAGUGUUACAACCACGUCUAUAAUGCAUCAAAAUGGAACAAAGUAGCAGCUGCAGUGACUUGCUACCAAGAACAUACCUCUCCCAUGUGCAACAGUCCUGGAGAGAGUGCAGACGGUACCUACACCGUGCCCCACAACGGCUGUGGACCUUGUGAUUUAGAUUAUGAUUUAACAGCGAAGACAGCAAAUAAAUGUUCGGACUGCACCACGACCAAAUGCAAUUCUGCGUCAACUCUCGCAUUUGUUUUGGCGCCCCUCUUGGCAUUUAUCUUCCAUAUGUUGUAAGAAGACCGGGAUAGGAACAAAAUAUUUACAAUAGACAUUACCUUUCAGUGUUAUACUUUCAAUUUUUUUUCCUACUCUUGCCGAAGGCAAAAAGAUCGUAGGGAAUAAGUAAUCGGGUUUGUAUAUAUGAGGUGGCCCGACGGCGCUACGUUGAUGACAAAACUCGGCUCCUUCGCAAUAUAGACCACUCCCCUAUAAUUAUGUGUAUAGGAAGCGUCUGAUAUUGUUAUUUAAUUAAAUUACAGUGAAGUUCCUCCUUCGCAAAGUUAUUUUCCGCAAUUUUCUGGAUUUAUUUACUAUUGAUGCGCGGCGUUACAUUGGUCAAAUAAAUCGUCAAUUUUUACCAUGCACGAAUCCCACUCAUUUAUUAAAAAACAUAUUAUGUAAAUAUGUUGUACUUUUUUCCAGUCACACUUUAAUUUUCACUCGAAAGAAUUAAUGGUACAAGUACAUUGUAUGUAGGGAAAAUUGAUCUUGCGUGGUUUAACCGCGGCGAAAUUCUUGUUUUAAUGAUCAUGAAACAUUUUUCUGGUUAAUUUCAAAGUUUAUUAUAUGUUAAUGUAUUUUCUUCCGGCUGCUGCACUUUUCAAUUUUUACUUA